UGUAGACGCGCGUACCGAUACACUCGAAAGUUUACACUCGAUGUAAACCGCUCGCUGGGCGGUUGUGCGGUCUUGGAUUGCUCCUUACAUCGAGAACUUUUGUAAACAACGGAAGAAAGAAUUGCGCGAGUUUCGAAUUUCGAACUUUAUAUUAGAAACUUGUGGGACUGUGUAAUCAAUAAGUGUUUGCGUAGGUAUUAGUGAUCACUAUGGAUUUGUCCUGUGGCGAAAACUUGGAGAAUUCAGGGAGCAGUAGGAGAGCGGUGGACAUGUGCGUCGCAGGUCCAGACAGAGUUCUGGACCGAGACCCUCGGGUGCUCCUGAACCUGAUGGACUUGGAGAGGCUGCAUGCUCUGCACACGGACUACUUCCAGAAUGUGCAGAUCGACAUCCAGCCUUUUAUGCGAAAGGUUGUUACCACAUGGAUGUUGGAGGUUUGCGAGGAACAGCAGUGCGAGGAGCAGGUGUUCCCGCUAGCUGUGAGCUACAUGGACCGGUUCCUGGCUCAGCGCGCCAUUUCGCGACAGCAGCUGCAACUGCUGGCCGUCACCGCGAUGCUCCUCGCCUCCAAGUUCCGCCAGUGCCACCCGUUGUCCGUCGACCUCCUCUGCGCCUACACCGACAACUCUGUCUACCCGCAUGAAGUUCGGCAAUGGGAAGUAAUGCUUCUCCAACGGCUGAAUUGGCAACUGUCGAUCGCGACAGCUUUUGAUUUCGUGGAGCCAUUCUUGGCGCGAGUGCCCUGGGGACGCACCAAUCCUCUCGUCCGCACACACGCACUCACUCUCACCUCUGUCUGUUAUACCGAGACAGAAUUCCUCCUGGUGCCUCCAUCACUGGUGGCAGUGGCAUGCAUCACAGCAGCCGCGCGCGGGCUCCGGGUCCGGAUGUCGAUCAGCGAGCUGUGCGCGUUGACUCGGACGCCGGCGGCGGCGGCCGAGCUGGUGGCGCGCCACGUGGAGCGAGUGCUCGCCCGCGAGACGCAGCCGCAGGAGCCCCGCGCCAGGCAUGUCCAGACACACAAACAGAGCGCCACAGACCAGACACAACUGCCCGACACCCCCACAGACGUACAAGACGUACAUUUCUGAAUACAAAUAAAGAUAUUAUUUCAUUUUACCUGUCAUAUGAGGACAUUCAUCAAACAAAGAUCCCUUAGAUACACGUAUUGAUCGAAAUGUUAUAGAUCCACACAAAUUUUAUUGUUAAAUUUGAUGAUUUUUUUUGUCGCACACCUGGGCGAAUAAGAAACUCGCGAAGCAAAAAGUUCACAUUGUACAAUGCUCGCACUUUAAAAUUACAUAGAAGAAUUGUCCAUUGAUCUCAAAUUUAUUUAUAUAAAGUACAGCUGUAGAUUUAUGUUAUUUAUAGAGAUUUGUUAACGUUGUAUUAUAGUUUGAAUACAAUCGUCAGUCUAGGUUGCUAUAGGUUUGAUCUCCGUUGAAUCCAAAAUCUAAAUGUAAGACUGAAAUUGAAAAUGAACUAUCGACUCGCGUUUAAGACAAUGGAUAUGCACAAUUAAUUCCACUCAUUAUAUUUAAUGGUUUACAAACAUUAUUUUCCAGCUCAGCAAAGCCACAGCCAACGUAAAUGUAACACGUAAUAAUUUAAUGACAUUCAUAGUGAUUAUUACAAAGAUUUGAUAUAAUUAUCUUGUAAAUUUUGAAAAAAAAAAAUACCUACAUAGAUUUGUCAAUUCAGAUUUCGUCGGCUGGUUUUGCUCUUGCUAGGUCAAAAAUUUAAUUGCAAACUUUUUUGAUUCUGUUUAAGAUGUUUGUGAAUGUUGUGAAUAGUUUUAUUUUUUGAGUACGUUUUGUGUGUCAUUGUAUGUAAUUUUAUUUAUAAGAUCUCAGUUUGUAGCGAAUUCCAAAUGAAAGGCCUUCAAGAAGGCGCUAGUUGUAGCCGAUAUUGAGCGAAAAUGUUGAAGACUGUAAUAUUUAUUUAGGUCGAUGUUAAGUUUUAGUAAAUUCUAGUCAAAUGUUUUACACAUUCCUGUUUUCGACCAAAAUUUGAUUUUUAAGAAUAUUUUUAUUGUAAGACUUAAAUGUAGUUAUUUUUAAUGGAGAAAAUUACUUAAGAUUUCCUGUGUGCUGAUUGACAAUAAAUAAGUUAUUUUUAUAUAAGAAGAGCAGAAUACUCAUUAGUGUGUAGCGAUAGGGAAUCUAAUGUAAAUAAAAACUCCCCUUAUUUAGGUAACUGUUCGUAUUUGGAAUGGAACUAGGAGAGAAACGUACGUUUAUCGUAAAUAUUGUGUAAGUCGGCGUAGCGAGGCGCGUCCAGCGCGGCGUUACGCGAUGUUAAUUAAACUAAUUAGAAUAAAUUAAUAGGCGAGCUUUCAAGUUUCUCUCUUAAUUCUAUUAAAAACGUAACUUUCACAUAAGUGUAAGCUUCUUUAUAAUGAGCUCUCAUGAAACUCAUACAGCGUGUAACGUAACUUUUACAUACGUCAUGAGUUAUAAGCAGAACUGUCUCGAGCUUUCUCAAUUACAAGAUCAAAAGUUGUGAAUUGUUUAUUUAAUGUUUUGUUUUUAAUUAACACGCACCGUGGUAGUUUUCCUUUAUCCUUAGUUAUAGUUAUUAUUAAAACUGUAUAAAUAGCAAACCUUUUUGGUUGGAUUUAAUGUACAGGUGAAGUAUGCUGUAAAAUAAAAGUACUUACAAAUAAAAAUGAUUUAAACCA